AUGAUUGGGAUAAAAAAACUGAACCGAAAGGGGAAGCAAGUGUUCUUUGUGAUGAAAAUCAAAGUUCAAAGAAUCCAAACAUGUAUUUUUUUGUACAUGUUUUUUGUUGUAGCUGAUGUGGGUGGGCUCAUUCCCGAGUCUAUCCUGCCCAAGUUCUUUGAUUAUACAUCAAAUGAUAUUAUUUCCAUUAUAGAUAUAGGCAACAAAAUCUUUCACUUCAAGAUUGAAACGCUUGAUGGUAAAGUCGGUUUCUCCAUUGGUAUUGAUGUAAUUGUUAAUCUGUUUCAAUUGGAGGCCAGUUAUUAUUUAAUAUUCUCAAGAGGUUUUGGGAAUUAUUUCCAUUUAACAAUUUUUGGUAAAAAUGGUGUUGAAAUUAAUUUUGCUGAUGUAGAAGUUGAUGAGCCUGUAGUUGCACCUAUUGAUGCAGUUGAAGAGCCAGCUAUUGAUGAACAACAAGAUGGUCGUGUUUAUAAGUUUGUUCGUAUGGUUUCUAAAGAUUUUCGGCUGCCUGAUAAUGUUUCAAGGAUAGCUAAACUUGAUUCUGAUUUAAAACCUAUGACCGUCAGACUUCUGCAUUUGACUGAGCAAGAGGAGUUUACCAACCGUACCAAACGUGAAAAGAGAGGAGAAGGUUUUUGUUAUGCGUUAUACAAGUGGUCGAGAUUCAUGCAACGUGAUUAGGAGGCUGUAUGAAUAAAAUAAAAAGUCACAUUCGGGGACUUUGACCCGUUCCCUUUUUUUAGCUAAUUUUUUUUACUCGACUCAAUUUGAUAUUAAAGUUUACUCAAAGAAGACGAUGAAUUGUAAGAUAAAGAAAGGAUUCUUUUAGUCAUAAACAUGAAAAACAUUACUAAAAAAAUA